AUGAAGUUCCAAGCCAUCCUGCUCCUCGCAGCCAGCGCUAUCGCCGCACCUACACCAGAAGCAGUUGCUGAGCCUGCACCUGCCGUUGUUGGCGCCACAACCAAGGCCCAGCGUCUCCUGUGCUCUGGUCUCUGGACUGGUAACGACCUCAGCUUCGGAGACCUCAAGUGGGCCAUCAACAACCGCAGAGAUGAGCUGCAGCUCAAGGCCGGAUGGUGGAACGAGGUCAACACCGCCUGCAGAUCGACAGAUGGCAGGAACAUUGCGCAAAAUGGCAUUUGGAUCACGUACAACCACGCACGCAGCAGCCAGGCGAAGACUACACUGAAGUUCAAUGGUGCGGUUGUCUGUUCGCCGCAGAGCAGCUGGAACCUAAAGUGCGACAAGGCAUAA